AUGAUCUGCGACAUCAAGGACCCGGCGAGCGCCGUGUCCGCGCUCAAGGCGAAGCACGGGCCCGACGCGAAGAUCUUCGGCGCGGUCUGCGACGUGAGCGACACGGCGUCCGUGCGCGCCUUCGCGAAGCAAUCCCAAGAAAAACUCGGCACGGUCCACUACUGGGUGAACAACGCCGCCCUCAACGGCGGCCGCAAGCCGUUCCUCGAGGUGAGCGACGAGGCCAUCGAGGCCGUCGUCAAGGUGAACAUGUUCGGCGUGCUCAUCUGCACCAAGGUCGCCAUGGAGCUCAUGUUCGACCAGGCCGGCGUCACGGGCCACGUCUUCAACACCGUGGGCUCCGGCGUGCGCGGCGGCGGCACGCCCGGCUACGUGACGUACGGAGCGGCGAAGCGCGGGCUCCCGCAGAUGACGGACUCGCUCGUCGCGGAGCUCGAGGGCAAGACCCAGGGCUAUUCCUGGCCGCCGUCGUCCACGCCCGGCGCGGUCAACGUCCACACGCUGUCGCCGGGCAUGGUCUUCACGGACCUGCUGCUCAAGGACUCGACGCCGGAGCUCCGCAAGUUCCCCUUCGGCGUGCUCGCGGCGACGCCCGAGGAGGUCGCGCGGGACCUCGUCCCCAAGAUGCUCGCGACGACGGGCACGGGCACCUUCGUCGAGUACCUCACGCGGCCCCGCACGCUCCUCAAGUUCUUCAACCGCUUCGUCAAGCAGGAGAAGAGCGACAUCAUCGACGACGACGGCAACGUCAUCAAGAAGGACGGCGUCGCCUACAACGAGGACGGCGUCCGCGCGCUCUACUGA